GUGUGAAGGCCGUGUGGUGGCCGUGGUGUGAAGGCCGUGUGGUGGCCGUGGUGGUGUCCCACCUGUUCAUGCCGAAUUGUGACCUUUGCUGCUCCUUCCUGGAGGCACAUGCCUGGGGAUCAUGCUCCAAGCGAUGAAUGCAUGCGCGACUAGGGUACAUAGAUGGGGGUGUAUGUAUGGCAGGAAGUGGGUGGGCGACACGUAGGGGAGUGGAGGAGAUUAAUUGUGCGCUAUUCACUCAUGUAUCCCCCUCUCAUUUGUCCCUUCUCUUGACGCCCUUCACUAAGCCACCUCUCUCCUGCAGCACCACAAGCAAGCACUGGAUGUUGGCUGAACGGAUGGCAGAGAGGGGAGCGCUGCUGGCAUGUUCGGUGGGAGAUCCAGGGACUGCCUCGGGCCCGCCUGGAUGCCGCAGUCCAGGGGAAGCGUCGGGGUUGGGCCUGGCCCAACCAAGCCCGUCCCUUCCUACAUGUCCUCUGCUAUCGGUUUCCCUUUUCAUCUCCCUCCCCUCCCAAACCCCCCCCUCUCUCGCAGCACCACAAGCGAGCUCUGGAGGUGGACGAGUGGAUGGCAGUGAGGGGCGCAGAGGCGGGCAGCAUGUGGGCACUGGGCGAUUGUGCUGCCAUCGCUCACAGGCCGCUGACUGACGAGACAGCACGCACCUUCCGUUCUUUCGACACCACGGCGAUGGCUGCCUCUCACCCUCCGAGACCAAAGCGGCAAUCGCUGCUCUGCGGGAGCGCUACCCGCAUGCUGCUGCUGUGCUCAAGUCACGAGACCGGAUGAACCGACUCAUUCAGGACGCAAUGCACGGAGAGAAUGGCUCCCAGGGCGAACCUCUGGCAGGCAGCGGAGUGCGGGGGGAAGGAGAUUGAUGGGACUGCGUGUGAGGGCAGGGGGCUGUCGCUGGAGCAGUUUGAGGCGGUGCUGAGGGGUGUGGAGGGGCAGAUGAAGACGCUGCCGGCCACGGCACAGGUGGCAGCGCAGCAGGGCGAGUACAUGGCGCGCUGCUUCAACCGCCUGCUGGAACCCUCUUUGAAGCCGGAGGGGCCGCCGAAGCUGAGGGGGGAAGAGAGGCACGUGCUGCAGCCAUUCCGCUACGUGCAUUGGGGGCAGUUCGCCCCUCUCGGGUCUGAGACAACAGCAUUGGCCGGUCCACCCAAUGGCUCUGGUACUCGGUGUACGCCAGCCAUAUUUGGUCGGGAUUCGAGUCGUAUGUGACUACUUCCUGUACAUCUGUUACCUACUUACUGCUAUUUCAUGUAACGCCUCAUAACCGCGUACAAAGCACCCUUUGUCGACAAACAUACAAUUCUGUCUGCACAUAUUUAUUUCGUUUAGGUAUGUUUGUUAUAGCCUAGCUAGAGCAAAUCUUAGAGACGACAAUAUUCUUGUA